AAGAAGCCGCAGUCCAAUUUCUUCGUAUGCGCGCAGAUUAUUAUCGAUACGUAUCCGAAGUGACGGAUGACGUUUCCUUCCACUACAAGACGAAAGACGCAUACGAAUGUGCACGGCAAUACGCGGAAAACGUACCACCUGAUCAUCCCGCAAGACUGGUAAUCGCCUUAAAUUACGCCAUAUUUUGCCAUACAGUUCUGCACCAAAACAACGUUGCAAUCUAUAUAGCCCAAAAGGCUUUGCAAGACGCUUUCAACUUGGAACCGACUAUAUUUACUCAUAGCGGCAGGUUAGCUUUGAACUAUCUAAUCAACUUACUGAAAAUGCUGACAUCGCUGAAACCAAAAACUGUGACCUACUAUACAUGCAACAUUUAAUU